GCACUUUCAUUCGUCGCUCGAGACUGUUGGCACGCGUUUCAACGCAUUUCUUUCUCCGGUGUUAAAAUUUAGAAAACCCAACUUCCUCCGCGAAAUACCCGCGGGAGAUGCGAUUUCCCACGCUAGUCCUGGCGCUGCUAGCGCUAGGAUCAUCGGCCGCCGCCACCAAGCUGAAUUAUCCGCGCGUUUUGCUGCCAAUUUUUGACCACAUUUCCGUGAAUUUCACCCUCGAGGUGGUGGAGAAGGGCUGCUACAAAUGGACCUCCUCCCGGCUCGACCUGAUCCAGAUCACCCCGGCGUACGACGACACCCAGGACGACUGCUCGUACCGGGUGGCGGUCACCGUAAUCAACAAGGAAAAACGCCGCAGCACCGCCAUCGUCCUGGCGGAAGACCUCGUCACGCGGGAGGUGCUCCGCUGUGACGUGAUCCUGGACGUGAUUGACCAGCUCGGUGUGCUGACGACGACCCGCGAGCUGUACCUGGAGGAGGCACCGGAAACGUUCGAGCUGUGGGCCCUGGACGCGCAGGGAAAUGCGUUCACCACGCUGGAGGGGAUCGAGUUCAACUGGCAGGUGGCGUCGCACAGGGCCGUUGAGACGCGGCACGUCGGCGACGACUGGAGCCAGGUGCUGCGAUUUUUGACCUUCUCCGAGAGCAAGUUCCACGUGGUUCCGAGGGCGGUGGAGAGGUUGGAGCAGGCUGGGGCUAAAGCGUACAUGAUACUGCUGGAGGGAAUCAAUACCGGGUCGGCCAAGGUCACGGCCAAGCUCCCGUACGCAGAGUACGCCCACGUGGCACCGGUUGAGGUCAACAUCAUGGUACUAGCAAAUUUGAUCCUGGUCCCCAGCGACGUUUACAUCCUAACCGGCGACACCGUAAACUUCCAAGUCCUCCAACUGAAGCAGGGAAAGCUUCACGAAAUAGCCCUGAACAACCAGUACUACCUGGAGAUCGAGGACAACUCGCUGGCCACGAUCAAAGGAAACGAAGCCAAGGGCUUGAAACUGGGCAAAACCAGCGUCCUGCUGCGCGAUCGCAACGUCCCGCACGAUCUCGCCUCCGACGAUCAGUCGUUCAAAGCGCUGCUUCCGAAGGCGUUCAUCACGAUCGCGGACCCGAAGAAGCUCACGAUCAACCUGCUGCCGCACUACAACUGGGUCACCGUCGAGGGUGAGUCGCACCAGAUCGCGCUGGAUCUGUUUACGGCGGACGAUCAUCAGAUUACGCUGGGGCCGCGGUACCGCAUUGAGUCCGGCUGGGACGAGAAGCUGUUUUAUCCGAUGCGGAGAACCGACAAUGGAAGUAGGAUUGAUGGAGAGGCGGUUCAGGUUGGCAGCGGUCCCGUCAGCGGGCAGUUUGAUAAGCUUACCACCAAAGCCGAACUCAUCGUCUAUAGCCGCCUGUCGAUCAACCCACCGGAAGUAAUCGUCCCAUACGAUCCCGCCCUGCGCCGUCAAAAGCUCCAGUUCACCGCCGCCGGCGGAGACGGCUCUUACCUGUGGUCGUCCCAAGACGCCACUCUAAUCCACGUAACCCAAACCGGUCUCGCCGAAACCCGCCUGGACAACGUCCCCAAGGCAACCGACGCAACCAAGUCGACCCAAGUCCGCGUGGCUCUCGCUCGCAACAACAAGAUCUCCGUGGCCGCCCAGGUUUUGUUCCUGCCCCCGAUCAAGCUGGAGAUUGUGCAGUACAACUUCGAGACCGUGCUGAAGGAUUACGUGCAGGUGCACGUGGCGUUGUGGGCCCAGCACAACGGAACGCUGCGUCCGUUUACGUUCUGCGAGAGUCUGAACUUUGAGCUGGAGUUUAGCAACCAGAUCUUUGUGCUGGAUUCGGGCAAGGUUGUGGAGGGGAAUGUGCUGGCGGAUCGGGCUUGUCGGUUGAUGUAUUUGAAGGCGAACGCUGUCGGGCAGACCACGCUGAAGGUUUCGUACCGGUACUUUGACAGGGUGUUGGCCGACCAGGUUAGUUUGAACGUGUUUGAAAAGCUGGCGAUCGUGAAUCCGAUUGAGAACGAGGUCGUGCUGCCGAUUGGGGCGUCGCGGAACAUGAUUUACGAGAAUGGGCCGGAGCGGAUCUACAACUCGGAGGCGGAGCUGCAGAAGCGGUUCGUCGUGGACGGGAAGGGGGUUGAAGUCGGGGAGAUCGGGAGUGGGUUUUCCAAGGACAAGCAUAUUUUGAGCGUGCUGUGCAAGAAGUUGGGCGAGUACGAGCUGAAGCUGCAGGUGUUCAACACGCUGAACGCUGGGAAUACGGUUCCGUACGUGGCGGAGUUUGUGACGAAGGUUUACUGCGUGAAGCCGAGAUUUGUGAAUUUGUACACGACGGACAAGGUCAAGACCAGUUGUCCGCUGGAGCGACGGCACUCGCAGAUGCACGUCAAGUCGGACAGCGAUCAGAUGGUGGUGGAUAUUGAAGUGUUGGACGUGCAGAAUCGACGACUUGCGAACAUUUCUUCGCUGCUGCUCGAGUGGCAGUUUACGUUGGCUGAUCGCGAGCAAGAACUUGACCAGGUUUCGUACGAGCAGAAGGUCGAGGUUGACCUGCUCGAGGGCGUCGAGAUUCCGAAGCGGGACUUCCUCCAAACUACGCUACCAGCGCUGGAAGCCAACUUCAAGAUCAAAUCCACCGUCAGUCAGUACCGCGCAGAAGUGCUUAAAAAGUACUCGAUCAAGCCGGAAUCGCCGCAGUUCGGCAUUCAGAAAACCUCCGAAGGUCCGCUGGUCAAGCCAACGAUCGAGAACGAGCUAAACUUCCUCUCGGUCAACAAAACCCUGCUUCCGUACGAACACCUGACGAUGUUUCUGUCGCGAUCGAACGUGCAGCGGAUCAAGAUCGCGCAAGGCAGCGGCUUCUACGACAUCCGCAGCUCGGACGCGGGCGUCGUGGCCGUGGAGUACGACGAGGCGACGCGACAGCUGGUGAUCACGCCGAAGCGCGUUGGCGAGGUGAAGCUGGAGAUCGCCGAUCAGUGUCUGAGUACGGAGUCGAGCUUUCUGUACGUUUCGGUCGUGACGGUGGGGAGGAUUACGCUACACGCGCCCGAUUGGGUGGAGAAGACGAGAACGAUCGAGGCGAUCGCGAGGGUUUACGACAGCAAUGAGCGGCUGCUGGAAUUGGGCAGUUUGGACGUGUACGAACUCAGCCAGGAGGUGUUCAAUCCGAGUGUGUUGAGCGUGGCUGUUGGAAGUCAGAGUGGACUUGGCCAAGGGGAGAUUCGUUACGUCGUAACGGGUAUGGAAUUGGGUGAGACGAAGAUCGUAGUCAACUCUGGAACCGGAGAGCGUCAGAUCUCCAGCGCACCUGCUUCAAUCCAAGUCUUCCCGCCGCUGACUCUGUUCCCUCGUAACGCGACCAUCUUGGUCGGAAGCACGCUUCAAAUCUACUCCAAGGGCGGUCCCACCCCGGACACCAACAUCGUCUACUCCGUCCAGAACCAGGACAUCAUCUCGAUCGAGUCGGGCUUGGUGUCCGGGCUGAAGAUCGGCCACUCCAAAGUUACUGGGCGUUGCGUCGCCAUCAAUCCAACAACCGGAGCCCAAAUCAUCCUCUCCGAAGACAGCGUCAACGUUCACGUGAUUCCGCUGAACGCGAUCGAGAUCAAGGCACCGCUGGGACGCAUCCGGACGGGAGCGGUCAUGCCGGCGCACGUCUGGGGAGUCCCCAACAUCAGCCCACUGAUUUUGGGAACGCUGGAAUCGGUCCGGAUCUACUGGAGCACCGACCACGAGGACAUCCUGGACGUCAAAGGAGUCUUCCACGACGCAGGCGUUGAAUACCGGGAACGCGACUCGAUCGGCGUCCGCGUGCGAGCGCUAGCUCCAGGAAAGGCAACUCUCUACGUAACUGUCGUAACCGCUACCGGAACGAAACUGACCGCGAAGACUGAAGUGACCGUGUUCCGCGUGUUGGAGCUGGAAUCCCCGAAGGUCAUGCGCUACGACUCGAUCCUCAUUCCACCCAGGACGACCCUUCAACUCAAAGCAAACCUGGACGACGCCGUGUUCCAGCUGGAGGAAGGUUCCACCACGCUCGUGAAGGUCUCCAAAGAAGGUCUCGUCAAAAGCGCCGACGCAGUCGGCAGAGCCCAAAUCGUCGCUACCUCCCACGAUCAAUCGCUCACGAUCCCCGUUGAGGUCAAGAACGUCCAUUACGUGCUAACCUCUCUCGAACCAUCCAACAUAAAGCUCAAACACCCCGAAAGCGUAAUCCCGCAGGGAUUGAACCUCAAGCUCAAAGUUUCCCUCCACGACAACCUCGGCAACGAGUUCUCGCACGGCAUCGAGGACGUCAGCCUGCUCAAGUACAAACUGUCCAAGCGUGGUAACGUGCUCAUCACGACCGGCACCAACUUCUCCGUCGGGCUGGAGCUCAUCCGGGAGACUUCGGACAUGCUGCUGAUUUCGCUGCGCGACAAAACCGGCGUCAAGUUCGCCGAGGACUACGUGAAACUUGUGGUCGCUGAAACGAGCGCGAUCUUCCCCGAUCGCACCGUGUUCUCCGUCGGGGACAUUGUCUGCUUCGAGUCGCCGCUGCUGGGCUCGAUCGCGGACUGGACCAGCUCGGACGAGGGACUCGUUCGGAUCGUGCCGGCCAGUGGGAUCGCGCGGGUGUUGGCUUCGCGGAAGGGAACUUCCGGUGGGGACGAGAAGGUCUACAUUAGCCACGGGGGACGGCGAUCGGCGGCGGGCGGUUUGCGGAUUGGGAUUGACGUUCUGGACGCGGACAGCGUCGAGUUCUUCAAGUCGUACGACAUCUUCAACGGACAGCAGUAUCGAGGACAUUUGGUGAUCAAGAACCACCAGCAAGUGGACAAGUUUGUGAACGUGAUCGCGGAGAACGUCUCGACCUGUGCCGAGAAGAUCGAACGAUCGUUCGGUGGACUGUUCAGCUGCAAGCUGACCGCGAAGCAGAAUCCUUCCUCAGGAAUUCUGAAGCACUUCAAGACCGUCCCAAGCUUCGACGCCUCGAUCGGAGCGUACACCUGCGAUAUCAACCUGGUGACGAGUCUGGAAGAAGUGACCGCCCUGGUCAAGUCCAGCGAACUCAACGUAGAACUGGAAGUGCGCCUAGCAGGUAGCGGACUGUCCGACACAACCACCCUCAAGAUCGUCCCAGCUGUGCUCGUCGACCCGGAAGCAAUCGCGAUCGAUCAAAUCGCCUCCCAAACGAUCACGAUCACCGGAACCGACAAGGUCCUGCAGCAGACGGAGAUCGCCUCGUCAAACCCCUCCCUCCUAGAAAUCACAAUCGUCCAAAAGACCCCCAAUUCGCUCCAGUACAAGCCGCGCCUGCUCGGAUCGUACUCGAUCGACUCGCCCGAACAACUCUUCGUCAGUGUCAACUCGCCGUUGACGCUGCAGAAGCUGCGCAUCCCGAUCCAGUCGCCGCACGCGAUGCGCAAGUGUGCCGCCCAGCCGCUCUACAACGUGCCCAACCUGUUCCUCAGCUACGUCAGCAACUUUGGGCUGGUCAUUUCGGCGCUGAUCGUGCUGGCGGCGAGCGUGUGGGUGUUUGUGUUUUGCUUCCCGCAGCGAAACGCCGGCCAGAAGGCGGUGGAUCCGAACGCCACGUUGAUCUUCUCGCCGUUCCAGAGUGAUAACCAGAACCGGACGGCGCCGGCGUACCACCAAAGUGCCGGCGGUCGCAGUCCGUUCGCAGCUAGUCCAGUGUCGCCGUCGGCGUCCUAUUACAGUGGGGGCCCACUCAGCCCCAACGCAUCGUCCGACUUCAACAGCAGUGGCGGCAGUGCCGCCGGUACCUCCUCACCCGGGUCGCCCAUCUACGGCGACACGACGCUGCUGUCGCCCCAGAAGCGCAUCCACCGGCGCCAGCUGUAAGAAAAAAAAGAGAUGAGUAGACGUGUGAGUGCGUGAAAGUGCGUGAACGCGAGAUUGCAAUUUUCUUACUUGGUUGGAACGAUAUUAAUUAUUCUUAUGGUUACGGACGACGUCGCGGGAGAAAAGUUUUCAGCUUUUUAAGAGAUAGGAUGCCCAAACAGGAAGGGCUAAUACUUUAUUUUUCUUACUUCAUUUACUCAGCGAGAGGAUAAGACAAGAGAAAAGACUCAACACAAGCAGAACAAGUACACUUUUUCUUGCUACAAUUCCUUUUCAGUUUCUUUUUUGUUCGUUCAAAGCAAAGUGACUCAAGAAUACAACGUUGAUUUGCUGGCCAGCAAAAUAACUCGUGCAAGGCUGAGAUUUCCCCCAAAAAAAUAAGAAAGAAACAAAAAUCCGACAGUGGCGGCUCAUUUCGCAUUCAAAUUAUUUUCAUUUCAUUAUACGCCUUAGCUCUGUGCCGUCUCUUGGGAAAAGCAAAACAAAAGAAAAAGUGCUGGGCUCCUUCCCCUUUUCUUUCCUCCGUGUGUAUGUAAAUUACACUCUUUACUUAAUUCAUAUUUCGGAUUUCGGCGAGGCACUUUUUUCCUACUUUUAUGACCGAUCUCCUCCGGAGACGCUUUCUCUUGUUUUGCGACCAAGUGGUGACGAAAGAUGCAAGUUUUUUCGGCAUCGAGCGUUUUACGACCGGUUUUUCGCAGAAAUCCAAUUCCGCCGCCCAGAUUCAUCAAUCUUUGUUUUAUGGUGGGUUCGCUUUCCUCUUUUUUUUUCGUUGGGCGCUAGUUUUCAUCGCCGCGUGCAAUUUGUUUUCACGCGAUGUAGAUUUCGGGUUUGCGAUAAGUUUUUUGUUUUUUUUUUUUCUGGGUGCAAAAUGUCCGCGUAGCGAUUUGGUUGUGUGUGUGUGUGAUGAUUUGUGAAGAGUAAGUUUAAACGGAAGCGCAGUGCUCGAGAGGAAUUCCAUGUUAAACAUUUUUGUUGAAAAUUUUGAUGGGAAAGAUAAAAUUAUUCGCCAUUCAAAUUGUGUGCCUCUAACUUUUCGAAAUUGAUUAAAAAGACUUGCAGAAGCAAACAAUUCCUAAAGUUCCUCAAAAUUCCUAAAAUUUCUCAAAAUUCCUUAAAAUUGCUCAAAAUUCCUAACAUUUCUAAAAUUCCUAAAAAAAAU